AUGACGUCUGGAACAGUGAUCACUAGUCCCAUAAAGUAUUGUCUUUUCAUGAUCGGUGCCGAACCAAGAUCUUCGCAUAGAAUCAUCCCACGGAUCAUUUGGACGAUUUUAUUGGUGUUCUCGUUGUUCAGUGAGUUUUGGUACUGUAUUUCCUAUUUCAAAUCACAAGAGUUACCUGACUUGUUGGACAGUCUGACUGUAAUCUUAGGCAACAUCGUUAUGUUCGUUAAGGUGAUCGUUAUUUGGUGCAAUUAUCGGAUACUCAGCAGGAUUCUAAGCAUUAUUCUUGACGACUGGAAUAAACUCAGUCUAAACGCUCCGAAUAAGCGUUUCAUGGUGGAAAAGGCUGUUAUAUCCAUGCGUGUAUCGCACUGCUUGCUGGUCAUUUACUCGACGACUUAUUUCUUGUAUGCAGUGAGUACCGUGUUCAUGUCUGGCGAUACCGAUGAGGGGCUCGACGGAAAACAGAGGAAACUGCUGUUGAAAAUGAUGUUUCCCUUCGACGUUAUGUUUACUCCGGUUUACGAAGUUGUUCUGCUCGUACAGUUUGUGCUUCAGUAUUGCAUUGUGGGGGUCGCUUCGAUGUCAAUGGCAUUAAUAGCAGCAUUAGUGUUACACGUAGCUAGUCAAACAGACAUAUUGUGCCAAGAAAUAUUAAGUAUUCCGAAUUCUGUAACAGAAAGUAAACUGCCCAUACUGAAAAGUGCCAUUGCUAAACACCAGAGGAUCAUAUAUUUAUCUGAGAAUAUAAAACAACUGUUCCUUUACAUAUCAUUGGUGCAAUUCCUGUCAAAUAUUUUAGUUAUCUGCUUUCUAGGCUUUAUGCUUGUCGUUUCUUUAGGCACAGAGAGCGGUUCCUCGUUGAUGACAAAAUAUUUACCUUACUAUGCGACUGCUAAUGCUGAGGCGUUCGUUCUCUGUUACACCGGUGAAUAUCUAAGCACCAAGAGUGAAAAUAUUCGCCGAGCUGUAUCCGAUAUGGAUUGGUACAAUUUAAACCAACAGGAUAUUCACUUAAUACUUUUGAUGUUGUUGAGAACGGAAAAACAGUUGACGCUUACAGCCGGGAAAUUUGUCACUCUGUCCGUGGAAACGUUUGCUAAUAUGGUAAAAGCUUCGGCAUCUUACAUCUCACUCUUGUUAGCCGUAUAUUGAUUCUGAAAAAUUAUAAACCGACGUUAUAAGCGGAUAUGACACGUGAAACGAAGAAUCCAUGACAAUAUAGCAACUGACGGUAUUAUGACUCUAACGGACAUUGG